AUGUCUCAAUCCGGAGCAACGGUCUCGCAGGAGUGCGUGAGCGCGUACAACGAGCUCAAGCUCAACAAGAAGUACAAGUACAUUGUCUUCAAGCUGUCGGACGACCACAGGGAGAUUGUCAUUGAGGAGGCGUCGGGCGAGAAGGACUGGGAAGUCUUCCGCGAGAAGCUCGUGAACGCGACCACCAAGGUCCGGGGGGGCAACGUCGGCAAGGGUCCCAGAUACGCUGUGUACGACUUUGAGUACAGCCUGUCUUCCGGUGAGGGUGUGCGGAACAAGCUGACCUUCCUCGCCUGGUCGCCCGAUGAUGCCCCGAUCAUGGCCAAAAUGGUGUACGCCUCGUCCAAGGACGCGUUGAAGCGGGCUCUGACCGGCCUCGCCGUCGAGCUCCAGGCAAACGACACGGACGACAUUGAGUACGACACGGUGCUGAAAACCGUCAGCAAGGGUCUGGCUUAA